CCCGGGCAGGGGGUGGGGGCCAAGGCCUAAACCCCGCCCUCAGGGGUCCCUGAUCUUUGACCCCUCCUGGGGCUCCGCGCCUUCUACCCUGGAGGCCACUGGCAGGCGGGAGUCACUGCCUUUUGUGUGUUUCCCUCCGAGGUGCCAGAGACCCCCCAGCCUUGCGCAGCGUCCCCUUGCGGGCCCCCCGCCCCUCCUCUCGGCGUCCCCAGCCCCCCUGCUCGGCUCUGCGUGCCAGCUCGGGGCUCGCUGGUUCGCUCCCCGCUGAGCCAGGAGGAGGGGCGAAGGCCGGUAGCCCCCUCCCCCGUGCGCAGCGCCGGAGCCCAGCCGAGCCGGGGGGACGCACCGCUGCCGGUCAUGUGGGCCGGACUGUUCGUCCGGGCUGCCUGUGUCGCGCUCCUGCUGCCGGGGGCCCCAGCCCGCGGCUACACCGGGAGGAAACCGCCUGGGCACUUUGCAACGGAGAGACGCCGGCUGGGCCCCCACGUCUGCCUCUCGGGGUUCGGGAGUGGCUGCUGCCCUGGCUGGGCGCCCUCCGUGGGCAGUGGGCACUGCACCCUUCCCCUCUGCUCCUUUGGCUGUGGGAGUGGCAUCUGCAUCGCUCCCAAUGUCUGCUCCUGCCAGGAUGGAGAGCAAGGGGCCACCUGCCCAGAAGGCCACGGACCCUGCGGAGAGUACGGCUGCGACCUCACCUGUAACCAUGGCGGCUGUCAGGAGGUGGCCCGUGUGUGCCCUGUGGGCUUCUCGAUGACAGAGACAGCUGUUGGCAUCAGGUGUACCGACGUGGAUGAAUGUCUGAGCUCCUCCUGUGAGGGCCAGUGCGUGAACACGGAAGGGGGGUUUGUGUGCGAGUGCGGGCCGGGCAUGCAGCUGUCUGCCGACCGCCACAGCUGCCAAGACACGGACGAGUGCCUCGGGACCCCCUGUCAGCAGAGGUGUAAAAACAGCAUUGGCAGCUACCGGUGUUCCUGUAGGACUGGCUUCCACCUGCACGGCAACCGGCACUCCUGUGUAGAUGUUAACGAAUGUCGGAGACCGCAGGAGAGGCGAGUCUGUCACCAUUCCUGCCACAACACCGUGGGCAGCUUCCUGUGCACGUGCAGGCCUGGCUUCAGGCUGCGAGCUGACCGCGUGUCAUGUGAAGCUUUCCCGACAGCCGUGCUGGCCCCGUCCGCCAUCCUGCAGCCCCUGCAGCAGCCGCCCAAGCUGCUGCUGCUGCUCCCAGAGGCCGGCCGGCCUGCCCUCUCCCCCGGACACAGCCCUCCUUCGGGGGCUCCCGGGCCUCCAGCCGGAGUCAGGACCACCUGCCUGCCAUCUCCCACCGCUUCACUGCCAACAGCUUCCCCUUCUGCCCUGACGAGGUUGCUGUCCACCCUGAUAGCCACCCUAGUGCCCAGUGUCCCCCUGUUGGGGACGCUCGGACCUCCCUCACAACUCCAGGACAAGGCGGUGGUUACCCCUUCCUUGCCCAGGGGCCCCACGGCCCCACAGCCGGCACCAGGGCCCUCUGCCUGCUGGCACCUGGGAGCCACGCAUGAGUCAGGGAGCCACUGGACGGAGCCCGGGUGUUCCCAGUGCUGGUGCGAGGAUGGGGAAGUGACCUGUGAAAAGGUGACAUGUGAAGCUGCUUGUUCCCACCCCAUCCCCUCUGGAGACGAGGAGUGCUGUCCAUCCUGUGCAGGCUGUUUUCACAGUGGCGUCAUAAGAGCUGAAGGGGCUGUGUUUUCUCCUCCCGCAGAGAACUGCACCAUCUGUGUCUGCCUGGCCGGGAAUGUGUCCUGCAUCUCCCCCGAGUGUCCUCCCGGCCCGUGUCCGACCUCCCCGAAGUCCGACUGCUGUACUUGUGUUCCAGUGAGGUGCUAUUUCCACGGCCGGUGGUAUGCACAUGGGACUGUGUUCAGUGGGGGUGGUGACGAGUGCACCACCUGUGUCUGCCAGAAUGGGGAAGUGGAAUGUUCCUUCACACCGUGUCCAGAGCUGGACUGCCCCCGUGAGGAGUGGUGGCUGGGCCCUGGACAGUGUUGCUUCACCUGCCGGGAGCCCAGGCCCAUGACAGGCUGCUCUCUCGACGACAACGGGGCCGAGUUUCCGGUGGGACAGAUCUGGUCUCCUGGUGACCCCUGUGAGUUAUGCAUCUGCCAGGCAGAUGGUUCCGUGAGCUGCCAGAGGACAGACUGCGUGGACUCCUGCCCGCACCCGAUUCGGAUCCCUGGACAGUGCUGCCCGGACUGUUCGGCAGGCUGCACCUACACAGGCAGGAUCUUCCACAACAACCAGACCUUUCCGUCUGUGCUGGACCCGUGUCUGAGCUGCAUCUGCCUGCUGGGCUCAGUGGCCUGCUCGCCCGUGGACUGCCCCAUCGCCUGCACCUACCCCUUCCACCCCGACGGGGAGUGCUGCCCGGUGUGCCAAGACUGCAACUACGAGGGAAGGAAGGUGGUGAACGGCCAGGUGUUCACCUUGGACGACGAGCCCUGCACCCAGUGCACGUGCCAGCUGGGAGAGGUGAGCUGUGAGACGGUCCCCUGCCAGCGGGUCUGUGCGGACCCCUCCGUGUCCCCUGGGCACUGCUGCCCAUCCUGCCCAGAUUCCUUGGAAGAAAGGCGGGGACUCGGCUCUUCCAGGGACGUGGAGUUCAGCAAUGCGGCUCGGAGUCCCCGCAGAGACCCCGAGGCCCCCGUCAACUGCAGCUCCUGCCCCGGGCCCCCGGCAGCCCUGCCUCAGAGGCCAGCGCUCCGUUUCCUCCAGAUCCUCUUAGGAACGAACGUGUCUGACGGGCAAACCUUCCCCAGGAGCCCUUCGGGAGCCCCCGCCUCACCCUCGCCCCCCGCAGGGCCGUCCCCAGGGCCUUCCAUCGUGCCAGGAGCCUCCACUCUACCUCCAGCCUCUCCCGGUGCUCCUGGGCCACCUCCUGUUGCUCCAGAGCCUUUGACCCCAGCCUCUGGGGCCCACACGGCGGCCAGGCUGCCUUCUCUGCCUGCAGCCGUCCUGACUGAUGCCUCAGCCCGUUCCACGACAGACCCUGGCCCCUCAGAGGCCUCCACCGCCCUCAGGCCUCGCAGACUCUCUCCCACCACCUCCAGACUCUCUGCAGCCCUUGUGGCUACCGCCAGCCCUGGCCCCCAGCAGCCCACAAGGGGGACCUCACGCAGAGAGGAGCCUACCGGGUGAGGCGGCCUCCAUUUCAGGGCCACGCCCAGGAGAUGCCAGACAGAGGAAGCCGCCAGUGGCCGUGGGAGUGUGCAGGAAUGCCGUGGGGGCCAGCGAGGUUCACUCCUGCAGGGCUGCUGGGGCCAUGGCAGACCCUCAGGGCUGACAUCGCCUUGCUCCCAGGAAGCAUUUGGAAUGUGCCGUGGGGGGCAGCAGAUGCCUUCUCUGGGGGCAGCAUCAUCCCUGGGAGGCCCAGGCUCUCUCGAGGAAGGCUGGGCUGCCGAGCUGCCUCCACUGGAGGUGGUGAGGGCCUGAGACUCCACUGGGACUGUGCCGCCAGCCAGCGUUACUGUCCUCACCGAGGUGU